AUGAGAAGCAUCUACUUGACAGCACUCCUCGUCUCGGCUCACUGCCAUUACGCUUCCGCUGGAGGUGGCGGAGGUUAUUCUGGCGGCGGAGGUUAUUCUGGUGGAGGCGGUUACGCCGGUGGUGGAGGUGGUGGCGGCAGCUAUGCACCUGCACCCAGCUACGGCGGAGGAAUGGGAGGAGGAAGCUAUAGUGGCGGCGGAGGAAGCUACAGCGGAGGCGGAGGAAGCUACAGUGGUGGCGGAGGAAGCUACAGCGGCGGCGGAGGAAGCUACGGCGGAGGAAUGAGUAAAGGAAGCUACAGCGGAGGAGGAGGAGGAAGCUACAGCGGCGGUGGAGGAGGAAGCUACAGCGGCGGUGGAGGAAGUUACAGCGGCGGAGGAGGAAGCUAUGGCGGAGGAAUGGGAGGAGGAAGCUACAGUGGAGGAGGAGGAAGCUACGGCGGAGGAAUGGGAGGAGGCGGAGGAAGCUACAGCACAGGAGGAGGAAGCUACAGCGGCGGAGGAGGAAGCUACAGUGGAGGAGGAGGAAGCUACGGCGGAGGAAUGGGAGGAGGUGGAGGAAGCUACAGCGGAGGUGGAGGAAGCUACAGUGGAGGAGGCGGUAAAGGAGGUUAUGCGACUGCACCAUCUUACCAAGCUCCAGUAGCACCACCUAUGCCAGCUGCACCACCACCAAUGAUGCCACAAUCGUACAGCCCACCAGCACCAGCACCAGCUCCAGCUCCAUAUAGCCCACCGGAGCCGGCACCUGCCCCAGCUCCAGCUCCUAUGCCUUACAGUCCUCCUGCCGCACCAGCAGGUCCACCAGCAUCAUACUCUGAAAAGUCAGGAGGAUACAGGCAACGAGUGCACAAGCAAAGGGCGGUGGUGAAAAAGAUGGCCCGAAACAAGGCCUAA